AAUGAAUGACAGAAUCUAGAUGUAGGGAAUUUGUGUAGAUGGAAAAAUGCCAAAGCCGAAAGUGAAGGAGGAUGCCAUUGCGAAGCCUAAGCCGUUAAAGUUUGACAGUGGGGACUCUGUGGCCAGUUGGAACACUUUCAAGGGGCAGUGGAAGUCCUAUGAGGAAGCCAGUGGUUUGGAUGAACGCUCCUCAACUGAGAGAUUAGUGACUUUCUUGAGGGUGGUGGGCAAGGAUGCCAUCAACAUCUACAACAGUUUCUCCUGGAGCGAAGAGAGAGAUGCCAGGAAUAUCGAAAAGGUGAUUGAGAAAUUCGAGACACUCUGCCUCUCAGACAGGAGCAGCCGCUUCCAUCGCUACCUCUUCCACAAGAGGGAACAGGAAACCGCAGAGAAGGUUGACGAUUACGUGGCCGACGUCAGGAAUCUCGCCGAAUCCUGUGGUUUUGGAGAUCUAAAAGAGACACUGAUUUGUGACAAGAUAAUCUUUGGCUUGAAAGAGCAGUACUUGAAAGAGGAGUUGCUGAAGUCAGAGGAAGUGGAAAGCAAUAAAGUUGUUGAACUUAUCAAGGUCAAACAAGAAGAACAGAAGAAGAGGGAGCAGGCGGUGCUGAAGGCAAAAGAAUCAAAAAAUCAAAGAAAAGGAACGUGGAUAAUGGCUGACGACCACGAGAUGAUCGAGCUCGAGGACGACAUGAAUGGAGAGGAGGAAGAGGCCGAUUAUGAGGAGGACCGGGAAAAUGGCGCUGAGAAAGGGGAUGAGGAUGCGUUGAUCUUGAAGGCUGAUAGCGACAUCGAAGAGGUGCAGGAAGACGAAACGGCAGAGGAAGGAGGAUCCGUGCCGGGGGAGAAGCCAGACGAAAAGCAGACCAAAGAGACGCCGCAGCAACCACCAAGAGAGAUACAGAAAUUCACCUCGGAAGAUUUCAAGAUAGAGCUCAGGGGUCUUCCUCGAUAUUUCGCAAUGGGUCACUUGGCCUUUGGCCUAAAUCCUGUACAGGCAGUCCCCGGUUAUCGGCAGGGUCCUGAUAAGCAAAAACCGCCAUUAACCGAAACUUGGUCUCAUCGCACUGAGGAAGCUCGGAACGAAAUGGCGAAGACCAACCCCGAGCUGAGGCAGUGGGUGAAGUUCCACAAGCUCCGGCGAAAGGGCCAGGUGUGCGAGGUGGAGGAGAUUGUCCCAUCGCCCCAAGUUGACGGUUAUCGCAACAAGUGUGAAUUCACAAUAGGUAUCAACCCAGAAGAUGGACUGCCCACCGUUGGUUUCAGAGUUUCCAGCUACAAGUCUGGGAGUUUGGCUGUCGGGCCAGUUGCUCAUCUAGUCCACAUUCCUAAGGCUAUGAAAGAUGUUACAAAGGUCUUUCAGGAGUUUGUUCGCAGUUCAGACCACAAGCCUUUCGACCCUCUGACGCACGAGGGCGUGUGGCGACAACUCACCGUGAGAACUUCGCUGCACGACGACAUCCUCAUCGCCGUUGUGAUUCAUCCACAAGAGUUUUCAGAAGAAGAAAUUGGAGACAUUAAGCAAGACAUCAUUGUUGACUACUUCAAAGACGGAGCCGGUGCGACAGCCAACGUCACCUCAAUCUUCUUCCAGGCAUAUGGACAGAAAGAACCUGGUCCUGAAGAAGUAGAGUUCGAGCAUCUCUGGGGAGAGGAGUAUAUCACCGAAACGGUCCUCGGCAAAACUUUCCGCAUUUCGUGCGAAUCCUUCUUCCAGGUCAAUACCAAAGGGUGCGAAGCGCUGUACGAAACCGUAGCGUCGUUUGCAGAGCUGGACGGAACUUCGGUGAUUCUUGACAUAUGUUGUGGCACAGGCACCAUCGGAAUUUCUCUAGCUGAUCAAUGCUUGAAAGUGUACGGCAUCGAGAUGGUGAAGAAGGCAGCCGAGGAUGCCCGCCACAACGCAGACCUGAAUGGGCUUCAGAAUGUUGCCAUUUACACAGGCAAAGCAGAAGUGAAUAUGAACGCAGUCAUGUCCCAGUGUUCCAGGUACAAGACCAUUGGAAUUGUCGACCCCCCCCCCGCGUGCAGGCUUGCUUGUGAUGGCAGUAAGGAUAAAACCACCAAUUACAAGGAUUUGCUUAAAAGUAAGCAGCAGCCAGUGGAUGUUGAUGGGGUCAUUAGUGAACCAAGACCCUAUGUGUCCAGAGUUCCAAAGGGUAGUUCCUGCCGCACUGUUACUUUUCUUAGAGUAUACAAGUGUAUGCUUGUUGGCCUGGAAACAAGAUUGUUCAGUAUGCCAGUGAUGCAAUACUUGUGGGUGUAG